AUGUCUAUCACAAGAGAACACAGCCUGCCAGAGAGGCGCAACCCGUACAUGGUUGAGGAUGUUCCAGAUUAUGCCGAUCUUGUGAACUGCCGGGCUUUGGGCCAAACCAAACUGAAUCAACGAGUCGCAAUCCCCAAGGAUGCCGAAUCCAAUGGUCUUCGUGUCUUUGACUAUGCACAUCUCCGCGCACCUCUUCCGAAGGGCGUGGUCUCGGGCAUUUUCAGCAAAGGAACUCCGAAUGCCUACUUUCUGAUGCGACGAAGUUCGGAUGGCUACGUCUCAGCCACUGGCAUGUUCAAGGCUACUUUCCCAUAUGCUGCUGCUGAGGAUGAGGAGGCCGAACGGAACUAUAUCAAGUCUCUCCCGGCUACCAGCAAGGAAGAGACGGCCGGUAACGUUUGGAUCUCUCCAGACCAGGCAAUUGCGCUUGCCGAGGAAUACAACAUCGCCACUUGGAUCCGCGCUCUACUUGAUCCCACCGACAUCCCUCUUCAUGGGCCUCAAUCUGCCAGGGCUGCAGCUGCGUCAUCAAAGGUGAUUUCGGCGCCACCCAAGUAUUUCCAUGGCGUUGCGCCUCCGACGCCGAGCUCGAUACGGACCAGCUCCCGUACGCGGCGAUCGGCAAGCCCUACCAAAUCGAGCCGCGCGACUGCAAGCCCUCGUAAGCGCUCGGCGAAAGCUCUUUCGUCUCAGCAGAGUGCAUCAUCGGAAACCAGCAGUGCGAAGCCGUCAGCAUCACCGACUUUGGCCACUUCUCAGCUUGGUGCUGCUCCGGCAUUGCCCGUGCCUGCGCUUGAGCCGGUGUCGGAAGAUGUCGUUAUUGAGUCACUCGAAAAGGAGCCUGUGCCAGCCCCUAUGGAAGAAGAUGAGCCCAAGGUCAAAAUCACUGUGGACCAAGACGUAAAGGUUGAUGAGAACGGCGUUGAAACGACCCAUACCAACAUGGAAGUCGAAUUACCUUUGUUCGGAGAGCCACCAUCCGCUGAGGAGACUGCACGCAUGGUUGCCGAAGCAAAGGAAAUGGUCUUGGCUGCUAAAGAAACGGUCUCGGGAUCCGCCUCUGUACCCGGCUCCCCCUCGGUGGCCAGGCAGCCUGAAACUCCGGUGAAGACCAGCAAGAGGAAAGCUGAGGGCAUCUCUGUUGACGAGCAGGAGGAAGCGGAGAAAGACAAGGAAGACGGGAUCGUUGAGAAUGGGCCAAGGGCUAAAAAGGUGAAGACGGAGGCGGAGCAGAAGCGGGACCGCGUGCGCAAGCGUGCGCUGUUUGGAAUCAGUGCCACUCUGGCUGUUGGUGCUGCGAGUGCAUUGGUACCGUACGUCAUGGGAAUGCUGUAA